CGUCGGUGGGCUUCAGUGCCGAAUUUACCUCCACCGCAACAUGAGCGGCUUGGCAGGCGAGAUCCGCGCUGCGACCGAGAGCGAGCAGUUCGACCUCGGCGGCUACACGGAGGCGCGGACGCGGGACCUCGUCGUCGCCGCCUUCGGCGCGGCCUUCGAGAUCAGCGAGAUGCUGCGCUUCACGUUCGUCGUCGGCGGCGGCAAGCUCGUGCGCUCGCGGUACCCGGAAGAGCUGCCCAAGUGGAUGGCCAACGCGCUGCGCGACGUGGGAUUUGUCGAGGACCGGUCGGCUGCGUGCACGAUGGACUGCCAGGGAAUGUUCAAGCAGCAGCACGAUACGGGCCAAAACCUCAAGACGAUCCUCGUCUUCCCCAAGGUCGUGGCGACGGCGACAGGCGGUAAGACGGCGGCGGCCGCGCCGAUCGCGAUUCCGUCCGUUGACGAGACGCCUGAGCUGCUUAUGCUCUCGUGCGAGGUCGACGACUUUAUCAAGACGCUCGUGCCCCUCGAGUUGCCGUCGUGGCGCCAGAAGAAGCGCGCGGUCAAGUUCAUCCAAGACGCGAUGGCCGAGUUUGCGCUCCUCGAGGCCAAGAUGGUGCGUGGCGAGAUCCUCGACGCCGCCGAGCAGGCCGCGUACGACGGCAACGCUGGCCAGGAAGCCAACGACGCCAAGAUUGCGCAUCUCCAGGCCGAGAUCAAGCGCAUGGUCGAUGAGAAGCAGCUCACGGCGUCCGAGAAGAAGGAGCUCGUCGCGACUGUGACGGCCAACGUCGAUGCGCUCACCGCCGAGCUCGAGAACUUGAGCAUUGCCAAGCAAAAGGAGAAGGCGACGACCAAGCUGCAGGCGCUCGAGAAGCGGCUGGCGCACGUCCAGUCGAUCUCGCCCAUCACGCACCCGCUGCGGCAUGCGGCGCAGGUCCUCGAGCUGCAUCUGGCGCUCAUUCCGCUGCAGAUCCUCCAGGAGAAGGAGCACUCGAUGAGCUUGACGCUCGCAGACCUCAAGACGCUCCAGGGCAAGAAGGGCAUCGAGGAGGCGCUGUACGACGCCGAGACGGCCAGCAUCGAGUACUUUGACGACGACUUUCACGACAAGUGCGACCGCGUUGCCAAGGAGGCCCACGCCAAGUACAAGAAGGCCAAGGGCGGCGCCAAGAAGCCUGCGACCAGCGGCUGGGCCACUGUCCCAAAGAAGAAGCCGACCACGUUCAAGGCGGCGCCGGCCCGCGGCGCUGGGUCCGGUUUUGCCCGUGCGUUUGGCAACGACAGCGAUAGCGACUAGCACAACACGCUGUAUUGUGUCUAUCA